GAUUUUGACUGAAAGGAGGAAAGUAGUUUCACUUUGUGUCAAGACAGAGAUCAGUGGUGUCAAGAACGUAUAACUGAGUUUUAAGUACACAUGUGCAGCAUUUUGUACUCUGUGUCGGUUCUGUCUUCAUCAAAUGGCAAAGAAAAGUUUAAGGUCGCCGCCGCUGCUGCUGCCUCUGGUCUGCUGUCUGUGUGUCAACGUCGCAGUUUCUGAUGUGAUCGAGUAUACAAAAAUGAUAGGUGACAAAGUUGUCCUCAGCCCAGGUGCUGUCUCUGUGACAGCCAAAAUCACACGCAUCCUGUGGAAACAUGGCAGUGACAUGGCUGUGGACUGGGAUGGACUUGGAGAUGUCGAUGCAUAUCGUCAGUUCAGAGAGCGAGGUUCUCUAAACCUUGUCAACGGGGAGCUGACAAUCACAGGACUAAGUCCAGAGGACAACGGAGAGUACACACCAGAGAUCAAUGGUCAAAUUUUCAGUCCCGUUCAUCUUAAAGUCUUUUCUCGUGUCCCAAAACCUGUUAUCUCUGUAAUCUGCAAUGAUGACCAUACCUCCUGUUCACUGAAAUGCAUUAAAAACGGCACAUACACUGGACCACUGGUGUACAACUGGAAAAUAGGGGACCAAGUGAAGAAAAAUUUAGCUCAAGUUCUGAAUGUUACAGAGGAGGAUAUAGGCCGUCAUGAAUUUUCCUGUGAGUUGGAGAACCCAGUCAGUCGGGAGAGCAGCGAUCCUGUCCGCAUUGCCACCAUCAAGAGUAAUGUGAAUAUCCAUAGAGGAAUCAUCGUGUUCAUAGCUCUGCUAACAGCUGUAGCAGCCGUGAUUGGAAUCCACAGAUGGAAGACAGGUGAGAAAAUACUCAGCAUACGGUUUGCAUUUUGUUAAAAUUAGGGCUUUUGU